AGGCUCAUCAGCAAAAUUUUCUUCUUUUCAGAUGAGGAGUAUGUCCCACCGAAGGCUGAAGUGGUUGAGUUCGAAGAACCUGGUGCUACUUUUUCGUCGAAGUGUUCCGUUUUCAAACUAAUUGACAAGCAGUACACUAAGCUGGGUGUGGGAAUGCUUCAUUUGAAAGAGGUUGAUGGAAAGAAGACUGUACUGGUCCGAGCAGCGACAGCAAUAGGAACUGUCUGGAUUAACGCUCUCAUGAAUAAGACAAUGAAGGCUGUAAAGGCCGACGAAAAAGGAGAAAAGAUAAGGGUAAUAUGUCCGACGAGUGAAAAAGAGAUAUGCACGUAUGUGAUACGUUUUCCAUCAACGAAAGAAGCCAGCAAAGUACUUGAAGAAAUCGAAUCGGCUACAAAAUAG